GUUACACAGAGUAUCGAACGAGCCACAGAGUGCAUCAUGAACAUGGACAACGAUUUGGAUCAGCAUUUGUUGCACCAGUUCAGCUGUUUAGGUACAACCGACAAGGAAGAUCUGGUGAAGCAAUUACAGAGGCUACUGCCUGGUAGCCAGCUGAAUGAAACAACAGCUACGUUUUUCCUUGAUAUGAACAACUGGAAUCUUCAAGCAGCUGUAUGCAGUUACUUAGACUUUGAGUCCCCAGUUCAAAAUAAAUUUCCUUGUAUGACAUUAAUAUGCGAUAGUACCAUUGGUGAAGGAGAAGCAAUACCACCUCUUACUAAUUUUCGAAAAUCAUGGCAUAUACAAAACAGUGGUACAGAAGCAUGGCCUGAUGGAGUAUGUCUACAGCAUGUAGGAGGUGUACAAAUGGGAGAAUGUACAAGAGUACCAGUUCCAUCUUUAGGACCCAAAGAAACAACAGAAGUAAGCGUGAACCUCCAAAGUCCUUCUAACUGUGGUCUGUUUCGAAGUAAAUGGAGAAUGAUGGUGAAAUCUACAGAAACCUUUUUUGGAGAUGUGAUUUGGAUGCUGCUUGUAGUAAGUGAAAGUGGUACCUUAGCAGUUACUCAACAACUUCAUCAGUUAAGUACAACAACUGAAACAACUAAUGAUACAUCUACAGAUGUAACAACAUUAUCCAGUGAUUUAACAACAUUGUACCCCCAUGGUAUUCCGUAAGGAUUUUCCUUAAACUUUUUAAAAGAGCUUUCUGAUUGUUUUGUAUCAAGUGAGUGAAAAUAACAUAUUUGUUUAAAAUACUGCUUUAAACAAUAAAAGUAAUAUUUUACCGGCAAUACAAGGAAUAAUAUUUUCAGCAGAUAUUUAUGAUUUAAGAACGUAUUGGAUUUAAAUAUUGUAUAGAAAUAACGAUUUUAUUAAAUUAGGAGUUCCAUACAUAAGGCCUUUUAUCGUCCAUGCUUGUCAGUUGCAUCCUUGAAACAUUCUUUUUAGUUUUUUUUUCUCUGUAAUGUAAAAUGAAACACUUAUGAUUUAUGAUCGUUAAAUUUAGAACUGUAACAGGCAUGUAUGGACCACAUUAAGAACUGGUACUGAAAAAAAAAAAAAAA